AUGAAGCUCUCGGCCAUCUUCCUCCAGGCAAGCGCCCUUCUCAUUGCUACCACUCUAGCAAGUCCCCUUCCGGUACCCGAGGAUGGCUCUAUCAGAAUCCCCGUCAAGGGCGCCCCGGCUGAACGUGACGACGGCUCCAUCCGCAUCCCUGUGAAGGGUGCUCCGGCUAAGCGGGACGACGGUGUAAGCAGAAUUCCAGUCAAGGGCGCCCCAGAGAAAGAAACCGACGGCGUCAUCCGGAUUCCUGUCAAGGGCGCCCCAGCCAAGCGUGAGGACGGCUCGAUCAGAAUUCCGGUUAAGGGUGCCCCGAACAAGCCAACUCAGGAGUAA